CCUGCCUCUAAAAAGAAUGUCUCUGGGGAACAUGGCACCAAAUCUAAGAGUCCAAUCAAGCAGGAGAGACCAGCUUCCCCUGUUCCCAGCUGUGUGUCCAUGAAGAGUGACCGGUCUAUGGAACCUCCUAUAAUGUUUAGAGAGGAAGACUUUUCUACUGAACAAAAAAACCAACAGGAGAGAUCAGAGUCAGAGAUUCUCAGUGGUCAGUCUUCCCAGAUUCAUCAAACAGACCUGGACUCCAUAUUCAGUUUGCUUGAAGAGAAGAUUAUGACAUUUGUGAAGAACGAGCUGAAGCUGUUCAAGAGGAUUCUUAGUCCAAAACUCCCAGAAGACUUUGAGAGUCAGAAGCAGGAUAAGGAAGUGGUGGACGCUGAAGAUGAGAAGCAGGAGAGCAGUGCCAGAGAGGGGGCUCUGAAGAUCACACUGCACAUCCUGAGGAAAAUGAACCAGAAGGAGCUUGCUGACACACUGGAGAAAUAUGAGCUCGCUGUGAUUUGCCAACGUGAACUCAAAUCUCAUCUAAAGAAGAAGUUUCAAUGUGUAUUUGAGGGGAUCGCUAAACAAGGAAACCCAACACUUCUCAAUAAGAUCUACACAGAGCUCUACAUCACAGAGGGUGGAACAGGAGAGGUCAAUAAUGAACAUGAGCUGAGACAGAUUGAGACAACAACCAGGAAACAAGCAAGACCAGAGACUGCAAUCAAAUGUAACGACAUCUUCACACCCUUAACUGGACAAGGCAAACCUAUCAGAACUGUGCUGACAAAGGGAGUCGCUGGCAUUGGAAAAACAGUCUCUGUGCAGAAGUUCAUUCUGGACUGGGCUGAAGGAAAAGCAAAUCAGGAUGUCCAAUUUGUAUUUUCAUUCCCUUUUCGGGAGCUGAAUUUGAUGAAAGAGGACAAACACACUUUAAUUGAACUUCUUAAUCACUUCUCAAUGGAAACCAAAGUUUCAAGAAUCUCCAACUACAACAAGUACAAUGUUCUGUUCAUCUUUGAUGGUCUGGAUGAGUGCCGACUGCCCCUAGACUUCCAGAACAACAAGAUCUGUUGGGACGUCACAGAGUCAACCUCAGUGGAUGUUCUGCUGACAAAUCUCAUCAAGGGAAAUCUGCUCCCCUCUGCUCUCCUCUGGAUAACUACCCGACCUGCAGCAGCCAAUAAGAUCCCUUCAGGGUGUGUUGACCAGGUGACAGAGGUACGAGGGUUCAAUGACCCACAGAAGGAGGAGUACUUCAGGAAGAGAUUCAGUGAUGAGGACCUGGCCAGCAGAAUCAUCUCACACAUAAAGACAUCAAGGAGCCUCCACAUCAUGUGCCACAUUCCAGUCUUCUGUUGGAUUUCUGCAACAGUCCUUGAACACAUGCUGAAACAUAAGAGAGUAGAGAUGCCCAAGACUCUGACUGAGAUGUACACACACCUUGUGGUGUUUCAUACCAAACAGAAGAAUGAAAAGUAUCUUGGGAAAGAAGAGACAGGUCCACACUGGAAUAAAGAGAGCAUUCUGUCACUGGGAAAACUGGCUUUUCAACAGCUUGUGAAAGGCAGUCAGAUUUUCUAUGAAAAAGACCUGAAAGAAGCUGGCAUUGAUGUCAAUGAAGCCUCAGUGUACUCAGGAUUGUGCACACAGCUCUUUAAAGAGGAAUGUGUGCUGUACCAGGACAAGGUGUACUGCUUUGUUCAUCUGAGCAUUCAGGAGUUUCUGGCUGCUGUAUAUGUGUUCCUCUCAUUCAUCAACAACAAUUCGAAUCUAAUGGCCAAAGCUCAAUCAACGUCCAGGAAUCUUUCUGUGAGGAAAAGACACAAGCCUAAAUUUACAUUCUUCAAGAGUGCUGUGGAUAAAGCCUUACAAAGUGAGACGGGAAACCUGGACCUUUUCCUCCGCUUCCUUCUGGGCCUCUCACUGGAGUCCAAUCAGAAGCACUUACGAGGUCUACUGACAAAGACAAGAAGCAGCUCACAGAGCCAUGAAGAAACAGUCAAGUACAUCAAGGAGAAGAUCAGGGAGAAUCCCUCUCCAGAGAGGAGCAUCAAUCUGUUCCACUGUCUGAAUGAACUGAAUGACCAUUCUCUAGUGGAGGAGAUCCAAAGCUACCUGAGAUCAGGAAGUCUCUCAGAAGCCAAACUGUCACCUGCACAGUGGUCAGCUCUGGUCUUUGUGUUGCUGACUUCAGAAAAGGAGCUGGAUGUGUUUGACCUGAAGAAAUACUCCAGAUCAGAGGAAGGUCUUCUGAGGCUGCUGCCAGUGGUCAAAGCCUCCAGAGCUGUUCUGCUGUCAGACUGUGGAGUCACAGAGGAAGGCUGUGCUUCUCUGGUCUCAGCUCUGAGGUCAAACCCCUCACACCUGAGAGAGCUGGAUCUGAGUAACAAUGACCUGAAGGAUUCAGGAGUGAAGCUGCUCUCUGCUGGACUGGGGAAUCCCCACUGUAAACUGGAGACUCUGAGGCUGUCAGGCUGUCUAGUCACAGAAGAAGGCUGUGCUUCUCUGGUCUCAGCUC